AUCUUACCUUUCUUACCUUUUUAUAUUUAAAAAAUGGAGCCAUGUGCCCUCUCCUUCCGUUUUUGCUCCGCUCCUAUUUGGCUCACCAUUCUCCUUUUCAGACGAGUAAGAGUUUGCAUCUUGGUUCAUUUUACAUCUGGAAGUAAACUAGGUUGGCAAACGCCGGGAAUGAAUUUUUGAGUUAUCCUUGCCAUUGUCUAGCUUGCUGUGACGGAUCUUGAAUUGACAGGAUAUUGAUUUGGAAGCUUUGCGGAUUUUACACGUUUGUUAUGAGCGUGCAAAAGAGAUUUUGCAACAGAACAGGAAGCUCAUGGAUGUGGUGAUUGAUGAUCUUAUUCAAAAGAAAAGUUUAACAAAAAAUGAAUUCCUCCAUUUGGUCGAGUUGCACGGCUCGAUCAAACCACCGCCUCCAAGCAUCAUCGACCUUCGAAUCGCCAAACGAACCAAGCUUCAGGAGGUGGAGAAGAUGAAGAAGAACCAAAAGAAAAUAGCGGUAGGCAUCAGCAAUACCUCAUAAACAUGAAUCCCAAAAACCAUUUCUAUCACGAGUUCACAAAUUUCUAAUAGUGACAGUGAAAAGUCCAUUGCCUGAGAUGGAAGACGGCACAAAUACUCGCCUUCCAAAGACCGGUUCUUCCCGGUCAUUCCCGGCGAUGAAUUGGACGAUAUCGACGGGUAAAUCUGGUCGAUCAGUUCGCGAGCAGAAGAAGAUGAGUAUUGUUUUAGUUCCUUUUCAAUUCUAUCCCAUUUGGAAUCUGUAGUUUCGGAGUUAACAGUGUUUACACAGAUUUUUUUCACCAUUUAUGUCGCAAAAAACUUUACAAGAAUGGAGGCUGAACAAUGGGCCUAAUGACUUUCUGGGCCCUGAUUGUGUUGUUCCAUGGGCCGAGGCCCAACCCAAAAGCCUCCCAAGUCCGAAACGACCUGAUUUUUCACCAAAAUAACCGCCCACGUUCACCGUUUAAAGUUUAAACCACCGCCCACUCUCUUCCCAAGCCUAAAUAAAUUAACCCUCCCCAUCUACUUAUUUCAAACAAAACACCCAAUUUCUAAGCCCCUUCCAUCGGAAUGAAGACAACAAGCUUACCGCCACUAUCUGUUCUUAACUAUAUGAUGAUCCUUUCCACUGCAAUAAUGGCGGCCGCCGCCGUCUCCGCCGCCGCUUUUGAGUUCAAAGUCGGCGACGAGAUGGGUUGGCAACUUCCCAAGCCGAACAACUCUGAAUUCUACAGUUAUUGGGCCUCCAUUAACCGAUUUCAAAUCGGAGAUUCUCUAUCUUUUGAAUACAACAAUGAUUCGGUUGUGAUGGUUGAAAAAUGGGAUUAUUAUCACUGCAAUUCAAGUGAUCCAAUACUGAGUUUCGACAACGGGAAAGGCGUUGUAAAGCUGGACAGGGCAGGCGCCUUUUACUUCAUCAGUGGCUUUCCGGAUCACUGUAAAAAUGGCCAACGCCUCCUCGUUCAAGUCUUGUCGCCGCCGCUGCAUGAUCUCAUCGGCCCUUCGCCUGAAGCUUAUGGUGAUGAUGCUCCUUCGCCGUCGUCCAACAAUGCUGGAGUUUCUGUUCAGAUCAUUAACCUGGCCGUGAUCAUCUUCCCCAUGGCUGCCGUUGUUGGAUUGUUGCUGUUCUGAUCCUCUUUGAACCUAAUUGUUGCUUGGUUUGUUGAAUCUUUUUGUUGUUAU